GUCCCUGCAUAUCCCGUGCGGUGUGUGUGCUGACGCGUGGCGGUUUGCGGGGCUCCAAGGACGGGCUCUCAACCUUUCUUCGCUGGGGUCUUUUAGCAGUAUCAUCAUACAGGUUGGGCGUACAAAGGCACAGGCGGAGCUCGACAAUAGUGGGCCAAAAGGAACGACUUGAGACAUCCAUGAAAACACUUUGAUCAACAUUACAAAGGACCAUUAAGUAGGCGAAGCGUUCUAUCAGUGAACCGUAUGACCUUCUGACGUAUCUUAACCCACUUUAUUGCGACUUGGUGGAUUAAAAACUUCGUGGCAGCGACGUAGCAGCAAGUGGAGGAACAGCGAUGGCGGGAAGGACGCGGAUGUGUCUGGCGGCGACGGUGGUCCUGGUGGCGGCGGCGGCGACGCUGGUGCAGGGGAAGCUGGAUACCAAGGCCUGGUUGGGCGAGGAGCCGCUCACGCCGCGGAAGAUCGUGGACGACCUGGUGGAGUACUUCUCGGUGCGCGACCCCCAUGGCAUCCCAGUGCUGAACGUGCCCGAGCCCAUCAACAUCAACGGGAGCGUGGUCGCCUCGCAGAUCACGUUCCACAACCCCUCCAUCGCGGGCCACUCGGGGCUCAGGCUGGAGUACGUCAACGUCAACCUCACCUCCCUCUCGGCCACGGCGAAGGUCAGCCUACCGUGGGUCAACCUGGAGGGGGAUUACGAGUGGCCGGGCUACUGGAGCAACAGCGAAGGGUUCGGGAACAUCACCAUGGUCGGAAUAGUGGUGACCCUCGACUUGUACCUCGGCGUUAAUGAUGUUGGGCUCCUGUCUGUCGAACCGAAGAUGGAUCUUCAAUACCAGGACCUCCAACUCAAUUUCACCGGACUCGGCUACGCUCACGGAGUCGUAGUGGGAGCCGCCGGAACUUUCUUCAGCACCGUCAUCCAGCCUCUCAUCUUCGAGAGGGUUCAAACGCGGGUCCAGACAGCCUUAAACCAACGCCUGGAACAGCGCAUCCAGAACCUCACCUUUCCGGACUCCAUCUCCCCCGUGGACUUCGCUGUGGCCAGGCUCCGCAUGGGUCUACGCGAUAAGGGACUGGAACCGCUGACGAUCGACGACAGGGAGACUCACCUCACGUGGGGGGUGACGGUGCAGCUGCAAAACAUCAAGUUCGGAGGCAUCACGACCAUUCACCGCACACACGAGAUUUCGGCCCAGUUCAUCGACAACGCUGUUUACGUCACCAUCCAGCUCGGGACCCAGGCGCUGAAGGGCGACCUCGACUGGUCUCUCUCCGCCUCUCUGCUGCCUGCCGUCGGGGGCCACCUGGCGCUGGAGCUGGAGAGCCUGGCGGUGACGGUGGAGGCCCAGCAGCCCGCCAACAUCAGGAGUCCUCCCACCCUCAGGAAGAUUGACGUGAAGCUGGGCAACUUGGCGGUGCGCUCAGAUGGCGAGGGCACGUUUGACUACUUGGUGGAGGCGCUCGUCAACAUCCUGCCCAACUGCCUCAGAGACCAGAUCAUGGACAGGGUGGAGCCCGUGAUUCACCAGAAAAUCCAGAAGGAGUUCAACAGACUCGACAUCUAUAGGGUUGUGAUGAACAAGUUGGAAGAGCGUGAGCGACAGCAGCUGGCGGAGGCAACGGCCUAACACACACACACACACACACACACACACACACACACACACACACACACACACACACACACAUUAGUUGUUUGUAAAAUGACCGUUAACUUUAUCUAAGCUAAGUAUCGUGGAUCACCCCCAUGGCAAACACAGCUGCUCAAAAAGCUGCCUUCUUUUAUCAACAUAUGCCUAUACUGUUUUCUCCUUUGCCUCUGUCGUCUAGUAGAGGAAAAAGUAUUGUAUUAUUUAUUUUCCAUAAACUCUUGGAGUGAUGAUUCUUUCAUUUUAUUUGUAAGUACAGACGCACCCAAAGUCUAAAGACUCUCAACUCUGGACGCGCCAACCAAGAAAGUUUGUGUUGUGCAAACUUUAGAACUUAUAUUGGCCACGAGCAGAUUAAACUUAACGGAAGUCUGCGGUGUGGAAGACUACAGUUUAUGAACGUGUCGUUUCACGAGCAAGCAAGGAUACUUUACGAAGUUUACGUAACCAUUUUUAUUACAGCAUUUUUUGUUGCUCCAAAUCCACGAAUUACAAAUUUCCUUUCAUC